GUGCGCACCCGUGUUUACGUUGUCAAGCUUUUGCGUAUCAUCAAGGAUUAUAAUUUUGGAGCUCUGGAUGCAAGAAAAUGAAUGUACUUGGUAGAAUAGUUCGUACAGCAAUCUAUUGCAGAGCACCGCUGGUCGCUUCCAGUCUUAGAUCUGUUCCAGUGGCGGUAAGUAACCAUCAUCACCAGAUCCAAUAUGCUUCCAAAUCAUCCAAAGCAGCUGUUGGAGAUGCUGCCACUGGCGGUGAAGUAGGCGUUGCUGCCGGAGCUAAGAAGUCCAAACCGGCUCCUAAGAUUACUCUCGUUGGAUCGGAUCAAAGCGUUUCGAUUGUGAAUCUGGACGAAGCGCAGAAAAUUUCCAAGCGCCGCGACCUGAAGCUGGUCAAGAUUGUCGAUUCGGAUAUGAAGACCCAACGGCCGGUUUACAAGCUAAUGACCAGCGCGGAAUAUUUGGAAGAGGAUUUGAAGCGUCGCGAGGAGAAGAAGCGCAACAAACAAGAAGCGGCCAUCAAAGGUGACAAACUGCUAACCAUCAGCGCACGGAUCACGGAACAUGAUUUGCUAUCGAAGAUCCAUAACGUUCAGAAGUGGCUCAACAAGCAUUACGAAGUCCGGGUCAUUGUGUCCGGCGAUGGUGACAAAUCUAAACAAGAAACGGUAGCCAGUGCGUUCGAAAGCCAUGUCAAGGACAUUGGCAGAAUAGUUCAGAAACGAUUCAGAGAGAACGACAUGCGCUUCCAAAUUCUUCCCGUUGGCAAUUCCUCGGAUAACGUUCCUAAUACUGCAACUGCCGGCGCAUCCAAGAAGCCUGCAGGGAAACAUCCCGCCGGUGGUGCAGAGCAGCACCAAUCCGUUAGAGCAUUUCAUUCUUCUGCGCCGAUCGUGUUGGCGGCGUGACAAUCAAAGCAGGAUGAGAACGUGCAGUCGGAUGAGACCAAUCGAAGUAGGCGGGUUCGGGGCGAUUUGCAUCAACUUGUGAAGCCACUUGGCUUCGUUGGGCUGUUCCUGGUGGCAAAAUAUACGUUCUGGUCCUACAUUUGGCGCCGCGGCGACUCGACGACGACAAAAAGAUGAUUAUAUUAAAUGUGAGUGGAGGAAUAGAUUGAUUUAGAUUUAUCGAGGAUUAGAAAAUAUAGUCGAUCGAGUGUACAUCUUUUAAAAUGUUUUCUUUUUAUAUUAGAUCAUACUCCGCUUUUGCUUUCAACAUUUUUUAAGUAAUGCACAAUAUGUUUGGGUCUGGAAAUAAAUAAUAACAUAGAAAUUGAA